AUGUCAAUGACACUAGCUACGACGUGGGUGAGGAGAGGUGUCGCCGCCCAGUUUCCCGUCAAGUACCAGGUCGACGAGGCCGAACUGAGCCGCAUUUCGAAACUCGCUCGGCUACAACUCGAGGAUGCACAGGAGGAUUUGGAGACUGCACAGAACCCAAAGAGAGACGAUGAAUCAGACGAGGCAGACUCAGACACGGGCGUGCCCACAGUCGACGCCGCACAGUCGAGCAAAACCGCGGUCGGCGAACCGGACGAUCUCAAAGAAUACAAUCUGGACGACUACGACGAGGAGACAGUCGAUGAGCAAGGGGAGAAAUUCGCCAUGUUUGGCAAUGUAGGGUCGCUCGCAUAUCACGCACCACAUGAAAAAGACCCAUAUCUUGUGCUGCCGGACGGGGAGCAGGAUUCAGACGAUGAAAGAGAAGAACUACAAAUCUUGCAUUCCGAUAACCUGAUCCUGGCGGCAAAGGUCGAAGACGAGGUGGCACAUCUCGAGGUGUUCGUGUACGAAGAUGAGGCGGACAACCUGUACGUCCAUCAUGACAUUAUGCUCCCCGCCGUGCCGCUGUGUGUGGAGUGGAUCAAUGUCCCCGUCGGCAAUGAUGCUGGGAAGCGGACCGAGGGGAAUUUUGUCGCGGUGGGUACGAUGAGCCCGGAGAUCGAGGUGUGGGAUUUGGACGUGGUAGACGGCAUGUAUCCCAAUGCAAUCUUGGGCCAGGCGCCUGAACCCGAGCCACAGGACGGAGGCGACUCGAAAAGCAGUGAGAAGAAGUCGAAAAAGAAGAAAAAGAAGGCCAAGCCCAAGUCCAACGACGAGUACCACGUUGACGCUGUGCUUGCCCUUGCAGCGAACCGACACCAUCGGAAUCUGCUCGCGUCCGCCUCGGCAGACAAGACCGUCAAGCUUUGGGACCUCAACACGGGCCGAUGCGCAAAGUCAUACACCAUGCACUCCGACAAAGUAUGCGCGCUGGACUGGCAUCCGACGGAAACAACUGUGCUCCUGAGCGGGAGUUACGACCGGACCGUCGUCGCCACGGACAUGCGGGCCCCCGACGCCGUGGCUCCGAAAUGGGUUGUCGAAGCCGAUGUGGAGAAGGUCCGAUGGGAUGUCCAUGACCCGAACUUCUUCUUCGUCACGACCGAGGCGGGCACCGUGCACUACUUCGACGCGCGAAACAUCCCGACUACUCACGACAAGCUCAGUAAGCCGGUCUGGACACUGCAGGCCCACGAUGGAGCGGUGAGCUCGUUCGACGUCAAUCCCACUGUUCCCGGGCUGCUGGCUACUGGGUCUGACGACAAGAAGGUCAAGCUGUGGAAUGUCGAGGACAACAAGCCUAGCAUGGUCGUCUCGAGGAAUCUCGACGUGGGCCGUGUCUUUGCCGUCCAGUUCGCGCCCGACCCGGAGGUGGCUUUCAGGCUCUCCGUCGCCGGAAGCAAGGGCCAGCUCCAAGUCUGGGACAUUAGCACCAACCCCAGCGUGAGAAAUGUGUUUGCCGGGAAGGUCAAAUUGCCCGAAACGACCGGCAAGGAGAGGUUCGUGGCCAUCAACGACAAUGGCGACGAUGAAAGCGACGAUGAUGUGGAAGAUGAGAAUGGGGCGCAAGGCGGAGUGCCGACGGGCGCGGGUGGACAAGACUGGGAGUCAAUGGACGAGGAUUGA